AUGUUCAAAACCUUAGCUGGAGUUCUCAUGGGCCAGACGAGCAGCUUGAGCUCAGCCCGAGAGCCCCAAAAACUUGGAGACAUGCAAAUAUUAACUUCCAAGCUACACUCGUCGGCCGCCGUCGGCGGCGGCCCGCCACGGCCUCCGGGCCCGUCCUUUCUUUUCCCCAGCAACAGACAUGGCUCCCCCCCACUUCCAUUGCCGGUACCAUCAUCUCCGUCACCCCCACCCACCAACCGAGUUCCGACCACCGUCUCACUACCGAACCUGCUCAACCUUUUCUCGCAGCCCGCCUUUCAUCAUCAUGUUUUGAACUUUUUGGUAGGAAAAUCCACAAUCUCCUCCUUGGAAGAAGGGGAAAUCUCUGCACCUACGGCCGACCCUCGGAGCAGCCCCGCCGCCGUCGCAGCUCAAACCUCCGGCGCCUUGAGCCUCUCAGCCGUCGACCAAGCUCCCGCCAGAAACGCCUCAGCCAUCCAUGGACCUUUUACGGCACCUCUGGGAUCUGUCGCAAGAUGCCCGGUUACUUUCGGAUCUUUGCCACCGGCAAUUUUCUCGGACCCCCUCCCGCCGGUCAAAGCAUUCUCCCCGACCUACACCCUUGCUCCAGGUGACGGAACCCAUGGGAACCCUAACCCGCAGCUGCGCAUGGCUUCUGACGAUGGACAUCCUAUUGGGCAUAUACCUAGACCCAAAUCAGCCCCCUCACUAGGCCUACCUCAUUUAUUUGGGCCUCCCAACCAUUUGGCCCAACAUCCCUCCUCUAAAGCCUCUUCCUCUCACCAGCCUCUUUCCCUUCUUGGGCCACCUCCCAGGCCCANCGCCGGCGGCCACCACCACCAAGCCACCGGAUUGCCGCCCGGCAUGCUAAAACGCGGAUCCACCGUUGCGUCGGGCUCCACCAUUCUGACGGCCGGCACCUCAGGCCCGACUCCACACACCGCUAGAUCUGGUCAGCCCCCGUUGGGCACCAUCGGAGCCACCGGACAACCCCCGACGGGCUCCUCCUCACCGGCCUUGGCCCCCGCCACCACCCGAUCCUUCCGGGAUGCGAUUAUCGGCAACCCAGCCGGAAAGUUUCCGAGCGCAUCUGCAACCCCUGGCGGGAAAAUCCUAGUACUUUCCAGUCACAUCCUAUUUCAUCCGGAUGCUGGUGUUGACCGUCCAAAUGAUUUCGAGUUGUAUGAUCCCGCCACUGAUGAAUGGAAACAGCUCCCUCAGUUAUAUGAGAGGUGGGAUAAAGGUCGAAAGAGCUCUUGUCUCUACUCUGUUACCAUUAAAUCUUUUAUUUUCAGGUGCGAGUCUGUGUUGGUGGUCACCACCGAAAACGGGAUGUUUGAGCUCGAUUUGGAAUCGUAUGGAGGAGGGUGGCAAGACUGCUUAGUUCCUGCUUGUAAGAUUCCCAGUUAUUUCGGUUAUCCCUGCCUUUCAGCUAUUGAAGGAGAGUUGUCCUUCUCCCAUGACUAUGUUUUCGAUGUGGAUAUCCCGAUAUCAGUGCCCAUAGUGCCCAUCUGUUGUCAAUUCCCACCAAUGCCAUUGUAUAGUCAUGAUGAUUAUGAACUUCAAUUGGCGCUUGCUACAGUCCAGCCCUCAGGUUGUGGCCGGGAAGUCGUAUUUUGCCGUGUUCAGACAGCUCUAAACAAACGGUCCAAACGACCCCCGCGCAUGGAUAUACAAGUGUUCAAGUGUGAUAUUGCCAGAUACAGAGAGGAUAAACAGGAUAUGCUGAAAAAAGCUCAAAAGGAGCUGAAAAAGAAACAACACGUACAGAAUAAGGUCGGCCCGUUUUUACAAAUACCAGCCCCUCAAGUUCAACUUAGUGGAAGACUCGAAAAGUCUUUGGAGUUUGUCCUAGAAACCCGGCGUUGCUCGGUUUUCAUUCCUCAGGAAUUGUCUUUUCUUUCUUUCGGCACCGACAUGACUUGA